AUGCAAAAUACUUACGUAUCUGAUUGUACAAAACUAGCGGAAUAUGAAAGGGAACAUGAGGAAGCUUUAGCCACAGGUCCGGAAUAUUUUGAAAAUCCAGUUAAUAAAUAUUUGUUGACCAAAAGAUUAACAAACGAUUGGGAGAGAAUCGAAAAUAUAAUGCAACACCAGCAGGGAGUGAAAACUUUAAAAAGAAUUGCUAAACAUAGUAUUGAUAUAUCUGAAUAUGAGGGAGGCAUUGAUGGUUUAUUAAGAUUACAAGAUGCUUAUAGAUUAAAUACCUCCGAUAUAGCUAGGGGUAUGUUGCAAGGUGUACAAUAUGAUUUUCACUUCGAAUCUCGCCAUUGUUAUGAUAUUGGUCAAAGAGCUUUAGCUACCGAUUUCUUUAGGUUAGCUUACUCUUGGUUGAAUGAAGCUUUAAAAAGAUUUUCUGCAGACUCUGAUGAUGAUAGUAAAAGUGAUUUAUCAUUUACAAAAUUGGAAAAAUUAGAUAUUGAAUUGGCUUUGGUUAAUGCUAAAUAUAAAUUGGGUGAUGUUAGAGGUGCUAAUGAAUCGUAUGUGGAUUUGAUUAAUUUAUAUCCAGCUAGUGAGAGAGUUGCUAAACUUUAUGCAGAAUUUUCAGAGGAAUCUGCAAAUAAAGCUUCCAUUGAAGUGGAUUAUUCCUUUGAGCAUGAACCUCCCAUAGAAGAUCUCACCGCUGCCGGUCAAACUCGUUUAUAUAAAUACACUUGUGCCAAUCUGAUCCAACAAACUCCCACAGAAGAACGUGAUUUACGUUGUGGUUAUAUGACCGAAACUCAUCCAUUCUUAAUUUUGGCUCCCCUCAAAGUCGAAGAAAUGAAUCAUGAUCCUCUUUUAGUGAUAUUUCACGAUGUCAUUUCCGAUAAAGAAAUCGAAACAGUUAAAAAUCUAACCAAAGCCAUUCGAAGAGCAACCGUAAUGGGUACAAAUAGUUCCAUAGUAUCUAAUGUGCGUACAAGCCAAUUUAUAUUUGUGCCCGUUAGCAAGCAUCCGGUAUUGGAAAUUAUUGAUCGUAGGGUCGAGGACAUGACGAAUUUAAAUAUGAAAUUUAGUGAACAUCAUCAGUUUGCUAACUAUGGUAUUGGUGGUCACUAUGGUGAACAUCAUGAUUUUUUCUCCGAUGAUUAUAUGAAACCAGAUAGAGUGAGUAAUUUAGAAAUGGGCAAUCGUAUAGCUACGGUAUUAUUUUAUCUUAGUGACGUAGAACAGGGUGGCGGUACCGCCUUUCCUUAUUUAAAGCGCCAUUUAUUACCCAAAAAGGGAGCUGCUGCUUUUUGGUUUAAUUUACAUGCCAAUGGUGUGGGUGAUCAACGUACUUUACAUGGUGCUUGUCCUAUUAUAGUGGGUUCAAAGUGGGUUCAAAAUCGUUGGAUACGUAUACAUGAUCAAAGUGAUCGACGACCUUGUUUUUUAUAUAAUGAUUCGGUGUUUUAAAAUUUUAUAUUUUUAAUUGAAAAUUUUAAUUUAACUGUAUUCCAGGAUCUUUUAUUAUAAAAUAUAUAUUUUUUUGUUAAA